UUUUUGUCACCUGUCAUUGUCAGUGUGUAAACUGUAAACCAGCACUACGGAUGUUAAACCGGUCUGGAUUUUCAGCACAAAAUUUUCGUUCUCAAACACUACAUUAAGAAAUUUUAUUAAAUUUUGAUAUAUAAAAAUCAAAAUUAACAAAUAACAAACCGACAGGAUGUCAAACAAUCUUAAUCCACUAGCAGGAACGGCUCAUUUGUUGGAUGAAUUGGACAAGAAACUCAUGGUGUUGCUGCGCGAUGGAAGGACGUUGAUCGGCUACUUACGCUGCGUGGAUCAGUUUGCAAACUUAGUUUUACACAAGACAAUAGAGAGAAUACACGUCGGCCGGGAGUAUGGUGAUAUCCCUCGCGGUAUCUUCAUUGUUAGAGGCGAAAAUGUCGUUUUAUUAGGUGAAAUUGAUAAGGAUAAAGAAGACAAUCUCCCUUUGACAGAAGUAUCAGUUGAUGACAUUCUAGACGCUCAAAGAAGAGAACAAGAUGCCAAAAUAGAACAACAGAAAUUGCUUUCAAAGGCAUUGAAAGAAAGAGGGCUCAAUUUAUUAGCAGAUUUAGGACAUGAUGAUAUGUUUUAAUAUAUAGAAUUUCUUUAAAUUUAUUUAUUCCGAAGAUAUCCUAUUGUGACUAAAAAUAAAUAAAUACAUUUUAAUAUAAAAAAUAUAAAUAUGAGGUCUUUCCUCGUUUUGAUGUUUGAAUAACAUAUAAUAAAAUAAUUGUUUGCUCGCAAACGAAA